AUGGACAUCCUGACGACCAAUCAGAAACUACUUCACAUCAUUAACAGUCGCACGAACUCUGCCACUCCACAGGCCAAGCUCAACAUGCAGAGUAACAACAGCAGCAACAAAACGAGCAACAGUCUUGACAACAACACAUCUGACAAUGUUGUAAGCAACAACAACAGCAACAGUUGUGACACUGUUAACAACAAUGUUACUAACAACAACAAUGUUACUGGCGGUCUGGAGAGCAAAAUUAUUAUUGACAAAUUGAAGCAGUGUUUGCAAACUAUCGUUGCUUCGUCAGCGGCCAUCACAGCUGCAUCAGCAACAUCCAACAUCAACACCAUUGCACCAGCUAACAAACCCAAACAAACCAACAGUAAAGAAAUAGUUUUUGAUGGCAUCAAGAUGAUCGAGCUAACAGAAUUCCUCUGUGAUACCUGCCUGCUUGCAUUCUCAGAUUUAGAAAUAGCCAACCAGCACAUCUCAACUGGAGACCACAAGGAAGCAACAGUCACAGGAUAUCACAUCUAUUGCUGUCCCACCUGUGGGAUCAAAUACAGGGACAAGGUAACUGUAAAGAACCACAUUGCAUUCACCUGUCCAUUGAUUGUUAAAUUACCCAUUGACAUUCCCGGAUUUACCAAGUUAGAAUAUGUUGGAGGUUUGAAUAGCAUCAGCAGUUUUUGUUCUGAAAACCCAAAAGCUGCACAGGAUAUGAAAAAUGAAGCUUCCACAGCAAGCAACAAUGUACAGCAUCAAGCCCAGCAACCAAAUCAACAGCAGCAAGCAAGAACGGUUUCAUUGAACGAAUUGAUGAGCUCUCCUAUCACCAUGAUCAGCUUGCUGAAGCAACCAUCACAGAUUGCACUCCAUCAGCAACAGCAGCUGCAGCAACACAGAAUGCAGUACCAUGAACAACAACCACCUCGAGUACAACUGCACAAGUGUCCAGUCUGUUCCAAAGUCUUUUCGUCAGCUGAGUAUCUCAACCUUCACUUCAGCAAUAGACAUCAGAGAUCGAAUAAGAGCCACCAACAGCAAAAAAACCCGCAAGAACAACAUUUUCAGUUACAAAAGCUAUCUGAUGCAGUUACUUGUGCUUCAGAUGUUGUAAGCAACAGUGACAGCAGUAACGGUGAUUGUUUUGACACGUUAGCUACACUACCGUCAACGACAACUGCAUCAACGUCAACGUGCACAUCAACUACUGCUUCAAAAAUAUAUCCAGAUUUUAUCAGACAGUUGAUCUCCAAAUCCCAAUUAUUCAUCAACCACAGAUCCCACCGCCACAAGUCUCCAGGCAUCAUUCCCACUCCAACCACUGUUUCUGUGCCAACUGUUGAGCAGAUGACCAAGGGCUUCAAAAAGUCUCUCACGUACAACAUGGAUAAGCAAUCAACAUCAUCCACGUCAUCAUUGGUUUCUUCAUUCAAUUCAACAUCAUCAUCGUCGUUAUCAUCCAUGAAUGCAGAUAACAGCAACAGUAAUAGUGAUGUUAAUGUCAUUCCAAACAGCUCUCUCAUUGGUCAUUCAAAUUCUUUCACCAACCCAGCCAGCCAAUCAAUGUACACUAAUCCCAUGACACCUAAUGUUAAUUAUAAGCCAACAUUGAAUAAGAAUGUUGUUGGGCACUCAACAGCCUGUUCAAUUAUUCCCAUGAUAACGCAAUUAUCAGCACCAUCUUCAUCUUCCUCUGCUGCCACGCCGACAUCAUCAUCUCUGGUAUCAACAGUGCAACAAAAAACUUCCAAAGCCAAAGGAAUCCUGUAUAAGAACGUUUACAUGCAGUGCGAAGGAACAUACUACUGUGCAGUUUGCAAAGCAGAUUUAAGUUCCAGGGAGUCAAAGAGGAACCACAGGCAGAUGGCAUGCGGGGAUCCAAAAACAGUCACCUACUCUAGGAAGUACUUCUACUUAUGUCCUUACUGCUCAGAGAAGUUCCCAUCACAGAAGGAAUGUAGACAGCAUCAGGUCUCUGAGUGCCUGCCUCUCAUUGGAGUGAGCACGGAUGAACUGACCGUCAAGGAACUUGCCUGUCCCCUUUGCCCUAAAAAGUACCACAACCUCAUUCCUCUGAAGGGUCACAUGACCCAGGUGCACCAUCUUCCAAAAUCAGAGACGAGCAAGAUGCUGGAAGACCUCGGUUACCUGGAAACGGCAUUCGACCAGCAAGUUCUUCCCAAUGUCAAUGCAUCGAGAGAUAGAGGCAAGGUCGUUGCCUUCAAUGCCAACAACAACAACAACAACAACGUAGCUGGUGUAUCUAGCAUCAAUAGCAUCAUUGCCGUCAACAACAUCAACAACAACAACAGUAAUAAUAAUAAUGGUAAUAGUGUUAUCAACAAUAUAAUUGGCAAUAAUAAUAACAACAACACAGCUGUUGGUGCUAAUGUAGUCAGUACUAGUAUUUUGACUGGUGCAGAUCUCAACACUGGCAUGUUAACUACUUUGGCUACUAAUAAUCUUGUUACAUCUAUCAUUACGUCACUUAACAACAGUAGCAGUAAUACUAAUAAUAAUAAUAAUUACGUUUUCUUCGGUGGCACCAACGUAACUAACAACGCUAAUGUUAGUGCCAUCAACAGCAGCCACACAACUGCUUUCGUGAGCAACAACAAUAACGCUGUCACUGCUGUAAAUAAUAGUGACUGUAAUCAAAUUGUUGUUAAAAGUGAUAACGACAGCGUAAAUAUAGUGGUUACCGAUAUAAAUGUGUCAUCAUCAGCCGGUAGUAGCAUUUGCAGUGACGCUGAUUUGAUAAGAAAUAUUCCAAAUAAUUUGAAAACCAGUUUUAAAACAGAGCAUUCCACAAGCUGUCCACAAAGUCAACAUCAGCAACAUGAUGUUUGUGAUGAUAAAAAUAUUCCUCAUCUCCAAAUGCUUGAUUUAGAUGGUCGGGCUACUAAGACGUCAACUGCAAAUUCAGCUGCACCUGUUCCUACUCUGCUGUCAAAUGUAACCAGUGAAACAUCAGCUCUGAUAGCAACAACUUCUUCAUCAACAUUGCCAUCAUUAGCCACAGAAUCUAAUGCAGCAGUAGCAGUAGCUGUAACAAAACCAACAUGGACCACAAUCACCACAUCUAAUGAUUUUUUUAAUGCUGAAACAUUUUUACAAAUCCAAAACAUUGAUACUAAGUCUAAAAGCUGUACUAACAACAUUAAUGUUAAAGAUGAUGAAAAGAUUUUCGCCAGCGACAACAAUAAUGCUGGUUUUGAAACUCUUGUAACUGGCGAUAAUCAUUCUAUGUGUUCUGCUAACAUUAAAACCAUUAUCAACAAAGACAGUAACGUCAUCAGCAAUAAUAGUAAUAAUAGCAUCAUCGUCUCAGAGCCAUCGACAUCAUCACAGACGUCUACAGUUUUAUAUAAUGCCACAACAACUCACUCACUUGAAACACCAUCACCCUUGCUUGUGAGGAAGAAUCUGAACAAGAUUAAUCCACUAUUAAAUAGUCACAUAAUAGGUGUUGGUGAUGAUCACAGUCAAAUCAUUUCAUCAGCAUCAUCGUCAUCAGGGAUAAGUUCAUCUUCUGAUUCUCACAUCACAAUGUCAACUUUGUCAUCGGCACAGUUGCUCACAACUGUAUCAUCAGCAGUAGUCACAUCAUUGCUAGUAUCUUCAUCGUCGUUGUCAUCUACGCCACAAUCCUCAACGACGACAACAUUUCUAAGUCCACUCUCUUCAUUAUCCUCACUGUCUGUUAAAAUUCGCUAUGAAAAUACUAAACCCCUUGGUGCAGGCAACAAAUUCAAAUUCACCAAGUCUACCAUCCCUCAUUGCUCUCAGGCUUUACUAGAUCAGCACCAGCAGUGCAAACAGCAGCAAUCAUCUGAAGAACAACAACCCCAGAAAAAACAAUCUCAACACAUCAGCAGCGUCCUGCCAUCAAACAAUAGAAUGCUUUCAGAUACUAAACGUCAAAAAUUAACUGCAUCAAGUGAAAAACCCAAAAAUCCUAUUUCUCCACUCUGCAACUCUCCGUCGUUUCCUUUUAAGGGUGAGAAACUUUCAGAGUGUUACAGCGUAAAAAGGAAGAAAAAACCAGAAGUUUUUGCUAUAAAGAGAGGAAAGCUAGAAGAUGAUGUCACUUAUAUUUGUGAUGAUGAGGACGAGGAUGAUGACGAUGCAAGCUGUAAGAGAGGUAGUACCGGUGAUGAAGAUGAAGAUGACGGUGAUGUCGGGCUUCAUCAUACCAGUAAACCAGUCCGUAAAGUCAUUUCAAAGAAAGCUCCACAUAAUGCUGCUAAAAUAAACUGCAUUAGUCAAGCAGUACAUCAGCAAAAAAACCUCACCAGAAACAGUAGUGUCAAGGAAGUUGAUGCAUUGGGAUUGACCUUCAUUGUUUGCCCUCUCUGCAAGGUCAGACCCUUUACUAGAUCGGAACUUAUAUCCCACUUAAAAUUCAAGCACGGUAUGAACAUUGCAGGGGCCAGGGAGAUGAUAGGAAAGUGUUCAGCUGCCAAUAGCAGUAGUUGCUUCACUAGCGAUCAUGGUGUAAGUGUUUGCAGUAGUAACAGCAGUAGCGAUAGUAGUGAUAGUUGUGAGGAAAUAUUUAAACAUGGAGGCAGUGUGACGUCAUUUCAAAAUAAGUUGAGUCCAGUUGUUUCUUCAUCGGCAUCUUCAUUCUUUUCAUCAUCCCUUGCUCCUUCUAAAAUUUUGUCUUCAAGUUUAUAUGUUACUGCUGGGACCAAAUCAUUAUCUUCGUCAGGAUCUUCAGUUUCUGCAUCAACUUCGUCGUCAUCUUUACUUGUCACUUUAUCAAAAACAUCCAGUAUUUCACCAACGUUUGUGACUACCUCGUCAUUAUUAUCGAAAUCAAUAUCGCCAUCAUCACAAUCGUCGUCGUCAUCGUCCCACGUUUUAAAAGAUCACUCGACAUUUAAUACAUUAGCAUUGCCAGCUUCAUUACCAACGACCACUCCAUCUACAUUGCUACCAUCUUUAAUAAUAACUACAUUGCCGUCAUCAUCAACCACAUUGCCGUUAUCAUUUUCCUCAUUACCAUUAUCAUCAUCGUUGUUGCUUGCAACAAACAAGAGCACAGUCGUAGAUUCCAUGAGAAAAGUGGUAACUGAAGUAAACGAUGAUGAAGACGAUGAUGAAGAUGACGAGAUCAAAGUAAGCAGUACCCAUGCUGAUGGGAGUAACAAAGAAAUUGGUGACAUUUCUGUAGGAUUCGUCACAAAUUAUGAAACUAUCGAUCAAGCAAAUUGCAAUAACCACGCUGAAAAUUUAAGAAAUAUUGUACUAACUACUGCUAAAAUCUCCAAAACAACAACCAACUCAACAAUCUUGAAGCCCUCCUCAUCCAUUUUUCCAGUUGCCAACAAAACAACUCUAGCAUCGAAAAAUGUAUUCAAGGCCACAGCAUCGGCCGCACCCACUGUCGUUAUAGGUAACGUCAAACCGUCUGUUUCAUUUCCUAAAACGCCGGUAACCGUAGCCGCGACAUCAGCGUUUUUGUCAUCAUCUUCUACGAAAGAAACUGUACAGUUGAAAUCUUUAAAUCUAAAAGCAUUAAAAAAUAUAAAAGUAUAUCCAACAAAGACGCUCACAAUUAAUAUGACCUCAUCUAUCCUGACGUCAUCGACUUUGACCACUAAUACAAAAACGUCAUCAUUGACAACACAGCCUCUUAGAACUCUAACUACAAUCAUUCCAAAAAUAACAACCACCACAGUAAUACCUACAGUUGUGGCAAUAAGUUUGAAUGCAUCAUCAACUGCAACGCCAACUGUAGCUGCCGUGCCAGCAACUUCUGCAUCGACACUUGAAAUGUUGCCAAAAGUAAGUAUUCCCCUAUCCAUUGCUAAACCAGUUGGCAACAUUCGGUUAAUUUCAACAACGUUGAAGAGGGAUGCCUCAACAAUUUCCAAGUAUUCCCUCAACACAGUGCUGAAUGAAUCAAAGAAACAGAUGAGCACCAUUGGCACUGCACUAAAAAAUUUUAAAAGAGAUAGAUGCAGAUUGGAAGGGGAUGUAGAAGAGCUAGGCAGCCACAAGUUACUACAACCACAACAUCAAGCUUCUCAGCAGAUUUAUGUAAAACAAGGUCUUCAUCGUUCACAGGGUUCCAUUGUUCAACUACCUCAAAAAUCAGCAUCAGCUCCAACAACUGUGGUAGUCAUUUCAACAACAACUUUGACCACUGUUACUACUACUAUUACGACCAUCGUCGCUACUACAAGUUCAACUGCAACAGUGCAACCAACAAAAAAUGUCACGUUGACCAAGCUCACCAUAAACAAGCCCAUCAACACUGUCCAUAGCAGUAGUAACAAUGGCAAUAAUAGUUCAACUAGUAAUAAAUCAAUUCAGAUAUUAUCAAACCACAAAAAAUCCGGCAACACUCAACAGCAACAGCAGCUUUGUGACAGCAACAAAACAUCGAUGUUAUGA